AUGUUACGCAACAUUACUCGGUUCAAAGGAUUUGCGAAAGGGAGCAUUGGAGGAUUUUUGAAGCCUACUUUAUCUCGUGUUCAGUUAACGCGAUGUUACAACUAUGGCAACGGUCCUUCAUAUCGUCGGUUUAACAAUGGAGACUAUUCCCAAAAGUCGUCAUUCAAAAGCCUCCUUCUCGACAAGUCAUCAAGAAAAUAUUUGGCCUUAUUAUUUGGUGGAUGUUCCCUGUUUUAUUUUACACAUUUGGAUAAAGCACCAGUAAGCGAUAGGUCCAGGUUCAUCUGGGUAUCGCGUCCAUUAGAGUUGACUAUCGGAAAUUACACAUAUAAAUCAAUUUGGAGACAGACGCAACAGGCAAUACUACCUCCACAACACCCCCUGUCCAUCAAAAUCGAGAAUAUUUUCAUGAAAAUCGUCGAAGCUGCUUACAAGGACCCUAGUGUAGACAACUCAUUACUGGACGGAAUCAAGUGGGAAAUCCAUGUAGUCAAUGAUCCAACUGCCUCACCAAAUGCAUUCGUUUUACCAGGAGGCAAAGUGUUCAUAUUUAGCUCCAUUUUACCCAUUUGUGCUAAUGAUGAUGGUAUUGCCACUGUUUUAGCGCACGAAUUUGCUCAUCAGCUGGCAAGACACACAGCUGAAAAUCUGUCAAAGGCUCCAAUAUAUUCUCUAUUGGGCUUGGUAUUAUAUACUGUUACCGGUGCCCACGUUAUCAACAAUAUUUUAUUAGAUGGAUUUUUGCGAAUGCCAGCAUCAAGACAAAUGGAAACCGAAGCCGACUACGUUGGUUUAAUGAUAAUGUCAAGGGCAUGUUUCCAGCCACAAGAAUCUAUAAAAGUGUGGGAAAGAAUGGCAAACUUUGAGAAGCAAAUAAAUAGAGGGGAUGUCGUAAAUAUGGAGUUUCUAAGUACACAUCCUGCAAGCACUCGUAGAAUAGAAAAUAUGACGAAAUGGUUGCCAAAGGCUAAUGAAAUAUAUGAACGGUCUGAUUGUAGCAGUAUGGGCAACUAUUAUAAAAGUUUCUUCUCAAUGUAG